GGAACAAAAUGGAGGGGAUAUCAUCGUCAAACGCCGAAGAGUCGGCGACAAAUCUAGUCAAUUUCACCCUCAAAAUGUGUUAGAAGUUUAUAGCGGACGAUUAAAAAUUCCAUGAUAGACAAUGCGGCUGUGAUUUUAGUAAUGAUUUUAAAUUGUUGCCAGAGUUAAGUGUGCGGGUUGGAUAACAACAACAUGGCUCUAGCCCAAAGAGAACCUCAACAUUACACAUACAAGAGGAAAGUUUACGUUGGAAAAAUGAAAAGUCAGAACUCAGGCAUCGUAGGGCAGAUGAUGUACUAUUUGUCAGAGGCUCGCCUGCGAGGUAAGAUCCAAAGGAUAACAGAUGCUUUAGAUUCAGACCCAGUGGAUGUGCCAAUACUAAAAGACCUGAGCAUCACAGCUGAUGGCUACAUUGCAUUCGACCUGAGGUGUAAAGUAUGGUCUAAACUGCUCAAUGUCAAUACACUUGAGAUUUCAAGGAAUAAAGACAACAAAGACAAAGAAGACAAUUCUGAGUUGGAACAGUUUCGUCAGCACAAAUAUUGGAGACAAGUAAACUUAGAUGUUGAUCGAUCACACAGGAGGUUUCCCUCCGAAAUGAAAGCAUCAAGGCGGCUUGCCCUUCAAGAACAGCUUGUUAGGAUUAUCAUGAGAGUAUUGUGUAGAAAUCAGGAUCUACAUUAUUAUCAGGGUUACCAUGAUGUGGCAGUCACUCUGUUGCUUGUAGCUGGAGAGGAGUUAGCUGCAGCUCUCCUUGAGCAAAUGUCUCUUCAUCAACUGAGGGAUUUCAUGGAAGGUUCAAUGGAGAAGACAACAAAAAUGCUGGCAUUUUUGCAUCCUAUUAUCGAAGAAGCUGAUCCAGAAUUAAGGGAAUUUCUUGUUAGGUCUGAAGUAGGACAAGUGUUUGCCCUCAGCUGGCUAAUCACGUGGUAUGGUCACGUGUUGAAGGAUUUUUCCACCAUAGUGCGCUUGUAUGACUUCUUUCUGGCCACUCAUCCUCUAAUGCCUGUUUACUUCGGUGCCGCUCUUGUCAUCCGGCGUCGUUCUGAAGUGCUGGGUGGCGAAUGUGAAAUGAGCUAUGUUCACCAUCUUCUUUCUCGAAUCCCCGACGAUCUUCCUGACUACGUUGAAGAACUUAUCACGACUGCGCAUUCGCUGUUCUGUAAAUUUCCUCCUGAAAAGCUGUCCGGAGCUGUUGAUCGUUAUCUUAAAGAAAGCAUAACCGUAGCUAAGCACAAGCAGUUUAUACGAGAGUUAGAGGACCAAAGUCCUGAUUCCCUUUUAAGAAAAAGGAAAAAGCAACUCGCCCUUCACACAAACAACGAACUUGAAGUUUCACAAAAUUUCCAGUCGGCGACACAAACAAAUCCUUACAUGAAAUUCGCAGUGUGGACGUUAACGGCUUCUGUGGGGACUGUGGCUCUUUAUGUACUGAGUACAGCGAAACAGUGGAUAUAAGGAAAGGGAAGUGUCGAGUUGAAUGAAACGAGGAAGAAGGUUGGCGGCAACCCUUUCAUUACUGUCGCUCGGACUAAUUUGUCAAGAAACCUUGACUUGUGGUCAGAACGUCAGAGUGGAAAAGACAGAAGAAUUUAGUUGAAUUCAAGUUGACUGGAAUCCAAGUUCAAAACAAGUGAUUACUAUAUUUUAAAAGGAGAAUUUUGUUCUCAUUUGUAAACCCUACUUGAAGGAACCAUGCUAAAUACUUGAGUCAGUCGGAAGGCUUCCUCAAACGAUUUCCCCUCAUGAGACUCACCUUACUUUGAAAAAAGGAAGAAGGGAGUAUCUUCGUCAUCUCCAUUUCUCUUCGACGAAGUUGUUUUUCAAUCUAACUUCUAUAAAGUCAGCAUGAAAACAGUAUACUGCAGAUGGACUACACUGUAGUCGCGUUGUCUAAGUAAUAGUAAAAGAAAAUGAUUUUGCAGCAAAGAACUCAGCCUUACGAAUUCUUACAGGUGGCAUGUAGAAAGACUGCAUGUUAGUCUGCUGCUGUGUAUUUUAUGAGAAAAGGAUUGGUACUACCAACAACACGGUCGUCGAACGAUUUUUAUGCAGGUAGAAGAACUGCUACGGCUUGAACAUUUCUUUUGUACAGAAAUUAUCUGAGAAAUGUAUAGAAAAUGGUGUAUUAAUGUAACAAUAAAAUACGAAGUCUUGUUCUGA